UGUCCGAACGAGUCAGGGGAAACAAAGAGAGUAAUAAGGGGAGAAAAAAAGGCGAGCGGCCGGGCCCCUGUGCUGCGGAAAUUAGCGGGGCCGGUGCGGCAGGGUACGAUUUCCGAGCAGCGGGGCUGCGGCAGGAUGAGUGUCCGGGGGAAGAGGCGCCACUGACCGCCUGAGCUCUUUGUGCCGAGAGCAGGAGGGCACCAUGCCGGGAGGAGCCUCCUGGAGAGCCGGGGCCGAGCUGCUGCUGCUGGAGCCUGAGGAGAUGAGGCUGAGGCUGGCCGCGCUGAGCCUGGAGGAGGAGGAGGAGGAGAGGCCCGGGGAGGAAGUUGCGGAGGACGCGGCGGCCCUGCUGAUGGGCGGUGCGGGGUGUCAGGCAGGCUUCCCCCCGGGCAGUGCGGAGCAGGCGGGCCGCAGGAAGAGCGUCAAUACCAAUGAACUGGUGCCUGUGCCCAGCUCUGAGCAUGUGGCCGAGAUUGUGGGCCGGCAGGGUUGCAAAAUCAAAGCUCUGAGGGCCAAGACAAACACGUACAUUAAGACACCGGUCCGGGGAGAAGAGCCAGUAUUUGUGGUUACUGGGAGAAAAGAAGAUGUAGCCAUGGCUAAAAGGGAAAUCCUUUCAGCUGCUGAACACUUUUCUAUGAUAAGAGCAUCUCGCAACAAAAAUGCCCCCGCCGUGGGCAACGUACAGUGUGCCCCAAACCUACCAGGUCAAACUACAGUUCAGGUGAGGGUACCUUAUCGAGUUGUUGGCCUCGUGGUUGGUCCGAAGGGAGCUACAAUUAAACGGAUACAGCAACAGACACACACUUAUAUAGUCACUCCAAGCCGUGAUAAAGAGCCAGUGUUCGAAGUGACAGGGAUGCCGGAAAACGUCGACCGCGCACGCGAGGAAAUCGAGAUGCACAUAGCCAUGCGCACCGGCAACUUCAUCGAGCUAAAUGAAGAAAACGAUUUCCAUUAUAAUGGUACCGACGUGAGUUUUGAAACUGGAAACAUGGCCUCUGCCUGGCUAAGCGCACAUCCAACUGCUCCCGGCCGGAACAGAAUGAUCUCCAACUACAGAAAUGAUAGCUCUAGUUCUCUGGGUAGCGGCUCCACCGAUUCCUUCUUUGGAAAUAGUAGAUUGGCUGAUUUUAGUCCUUCGAGUCCCUUCAGCGCAGGCAGUUUCUGGUUUGGGGAAACCGUGCCCCCUAUGGGAUCAGAAGAUCUAAGCGAUGCAUCUGCUUUUGACCCCAUACCAUCAUCUUCUGAGGCCAUCUGGGCACCUUACGAUACAGGAAAUUCCCUCUCUGCUUACGGCGGCGAUGCCGGCACAAAAUCUCAGCGUAGGGGAAGUCUGUCUCCGACUUUCCCGGAAGGUCUGGAAUAUCCCCUAACGAAAAGUUAUCGAAGUGACCUUUCAAGCACAAGCGAGGCUGGGCACCCCAUCUACAUCCCUGCGUUCUCCAACAGCAGCAACAGCUAUUCUUCUUCCAAUGGCGGAUCCACCUCCAGUUCGCCGCCCGAGACAAGACGGAAGCACGACUGCGUUAUCUGCUUUGAUAAUGAGGUUAUCGCCGCCCUUGUUCCGUGUGGCCACAACCUUUUCUGCAUGGACUGUGCCAACAAGAUCUGCGAGAAGGAGUUACCCUUGUGUCCUGUGUGCCAGUCCAAAGUCAAUCAGGCAAUCCAAAUACACUCCUAAUUGUGCAGACAUACACACACCCACACUAGUGUAUGGAGCAGACCAGGGGCUAGUAAAUUCAGUUCUGCUGCUACCCCCCCACUAUAAAUGAGGCUGGAAAUCAGCCGCUGGAUAAGGAAGGGUGGUUUAGAGAAGGCUUGUUGGCAUUUAGUAUACGGUAAAUUAUGAUUUACAGAUCUAGUUUACAUUCUUAGUAUGGAUUAUUAUGUUUACAGAGAACAAAAUUCAAACAAACUUCAGUUUUUUUAAAAAAAGAGAAUUCACUGCCUUUUUUAUAUUCCUUUAUCACAAAGGAACGACACACGGCAACAGGUACACUUCUAAAUCAGUCUAAUGCUCCAGUAUUGACUAUAUCGCCUAGUUAUGUUGCCACCCAUCCCAAUUGUGCGAAACUCCCACUGGGACGUCAAAGCGCCAGCUCUUGUGAACUCACAACUGUCAGCUGCAGUCUGGGCGGAGUUCGAGCGGUUACCAGUAUGACACUUUGCGGGCCUUUAGGGGCUCUUGGAAAUGCACAAGCCCCGGCUGAUGUAGAGGAUUCGACAUUCCAUUGAUUAGUCUGAUGAAGUCUAUCGUUUUGAUUUUAAACGAUUGAAAUUUAAUUGUAAAUGUGAAUGAAUUUUAUGAGCCACCCAUGACUUAAACACUACUUUUUAUUUAGGCAGGGGGUCGGCUGGGCUCAAAGGCUUUGCUCUCGUGAAGCUUAUGGCAAAAGCAAAGGGGGUCCGGAGGGCAGGGCAUUAGUACGUCCCCGGCCAAUCACCAUUCUGAAGAGAAAAGCCCCUCCCACUGAUGUUUUAUUUCAGCCUGUGGAUUCCUUUCGUUUACGUUUUUAAGUGCUUGCAUUAAAUAUGCAGAACGGGAGCCCCCCCUCUCUGUCCCCGCUCCCUCUGGAUUUUCUAGGAAUAUUUUUGAAACGGUUUUUUCUCAAGGUAAUUUUAUUUUCCACAGUAACACAAGUCGAAGUUGUAAAGUCUGUGUACUGACAAGUAAAUAUAUAUAGAUAUAUAUAUAUAUAUAAAAAAAAAUCUUUAUUUUUUAUUUCCACUUGAAGUUACAUUUCGUAAAAAAAAAAAAAAGUUUACAAAUUUACUGUUUUUAUUUAGAUUUCAUUUUUGUUUUUUUUUUGUUUUCAGUAUACGAAUUGCCUUGAUGGCAUAUUAUAAUGUAAUGCAAACCUUUACUGCUAAUUGCUUGUAGACUAGUUACGUCAGUAUUGAACCUUUUAACCCUGUAGCUGCCGUCGUAGCAAGUACGCACGAAUGUUCGCCAAGCAUGUAUUUUAUAUUAUUAUCUCGCAUCGUACACGGCAACUAACAAAGCCAAGGAACUAACCUAUCCUAUUAGCUGCGUGUACUAUUUAUAUAUACCACAGAAGCUAGGAUGACGAUAUUACAGUAUCAACUUAGUUUAGUAUUUGCUAACUUUACUACACUUUUGUUAUGUAUAUGUAGGAACAUAAUAGGGAAUAUAAAUUCAGUAUGAGUAAAGGUUAAAAAAAAACAAAAACAUAUAUUUUAUGAUAAAGGGCCUUUAACUUAUUACGGCCAAAGCACUGAUAUUAUAUAUUUGCUGUAAAGAGAAUUAUAAGAGUUUUAUUUUUCGGAUAUUAAAAGUUAAUAAAGACUUGUUUCCAUUAACUUAUA